AUGUUCUUCCCGAAAUGAGUUUGGUGAUUAAAAAUCUGCAGCGGGUGGUCCCUAUCAGAAGAGCGCCACUUCGAAGGAAGAUGGAUAUGAUCAGGGGUAUUUUAGGAGUGAAGAAUUUUGACCUGGGGAUUAUCUGUGUUGACAACAGGCGUAUUCAGCACAUUAAUAGGAUCUACAGGAAGAAAAACGUCCCAACUGAUGUGCUUUCUUUCCCAUUUCAUGAGGAUCUGAAAGCAGGGGACUUUCCUCAGCCAUACUCAUCAGAUGAUUAUAAUUUGGGAGAUGUUUUCCUAGGAGUGGAAUAUAUCUUCCAGCAGUGUAAAGAAAAUGAAGAUUACUAUGACAUCCUGACAGUGACAGCCACCCAUGGACUCUGUCACCUUCUGGGCUUCACCCACAACUCCAAGGCUGAGUGGCAAAAGAUGUACAACCAGGAGAAGCUGGUGCUGGAGGAACUGAAUCGCUACACUGGAGCCAGGCUCCAGCCCCUGAGCAGGGGCCUCUACUAAUGCUUUGAUGCCAUGAGACGGAGACCUCAAUGGACAGAGUCCUGUCCCUCCAGAGUGGAUCUCUGCAGGUCAUGCUGUCCUGGAUGACAUCAGCCCACACUAAAGCUUAAUUCUGUGAGUGGAAACUAACUUCAGAAAGUAUCAAACAGGUGUCUGGCUGGUUCCUGCUCUGCUUAGAAGGCUGCCUUGUAAACAGUAGUUCUAAGCCAUUCCUAAGAGAAGAAGCAUGUAACUUUGUAUGCUUCUUUGGAUUUCUGACUGUAGAGUUUGGGUAGACUGCCCUGUCUCCCUGAAGUGGAAACCCCACCUCAAAACACUGAAGUCUGAUCUUCCUAAGAGGAUGGACACUGAAGAGAUGCAGGCAAGGUUGCCAUCCCAGCCCUUAGGGACUCUGUGACCUGAACCUUGCUUGCUCUACUCCUAAGAGCUACCUUGUGUUCUCAAUUUUCUUAAGCCAUUGGCUGUAGACAUGAUAAGAAAGCCCACUGACCUACAAAUCCUGUCUCCUGAGGGCCAGAGAUUCAGCCAGGCCCAUCUCCAAUCCCUUUAUGUUGCUGUUGUAAUUUUAAAUUAAAUCUUGUUUAUUUGA